AAGAAAGAACUCUUAAUAUUUAAAGAUUAUAUUAAUAAAAAUACUAUUAAUAAAAAAAUAUAUCUAUUUAAAAGUUCUAUAAAAGUCUUUAUUUUCUUAAUAUUUAAAAAGAAUAAAAGUUUGCAAUUAUAUAUAGACUACUAUAAAUUUAAUAAAAUUAUAAUAAAAAAUUAA